CUUUCUUUUUUCAAUUUUGAAAUGACAAGAGAAACAAGCUAAGAUGUGAAGAAGUAUUGCAAACCCUUCGAAACAACCUUCCUAAAUAAGAAAAAGAAAUCGAUGAACAUAAUUCCAACCUUUUCUCUAUUACUAUGUAUUCUUGUAGUUGUUGUAAAUUCCGAUCCACAAGUAUUCGACGUGACGCAAUUUGGAGCCAAACCAGAUGACCAAACAGACAUCAGUCUGGCAUUGAUAAAUGCAUGGGCCAAAGCUUGUGCAUCGGCGACGCCAAGCAAAGUAUUGAUUCCGGCCGGGAAAUAUGUGGUGGGAACGGUGGGGAUGGAAGGGCCUUGCAAGAGCGAGGUCCAUGUCCAAAUCGAUGGCUAUUUGAAGGCCCAGAUCGUGGGCCUCAGGCGCCUGAGUUGGAUCACGUUCUCGGGCCUAAAAAAUCUGGUCUUGUUUGGCUCCGGCACCCUCGACGGCCAAGGCCCCACGGCGGCGAAACUGCCUGAGAAUCGCAAGAACAAAGUUGGCAUGCCACUUGCUGUGUUUGUUCUUCAGAAUCUGCGAUUGGAGUCCAUCACCAACGGACUAAUCGAAGGCCUAACGUCCAAAGACAGCCGCAGCUUCCACGUCCACAUCUCCCGCUCGAGCAACAUCACCGUCCGCGGCCUCACCGUCACGGCGCCGCCGGACAGCCCCGACACUGUCGGCAUAUACCUCCGGCGGACCCACCGGGUCAACAUCUCGGACGUCGACAUCGCCACGGGGGACCACUGCAUCAACCUCGCCGACGGGUCGCAGCAGGUGAACGUCCGGAACGUGACGUGCGGUCCCGGCGGCCGGACCGGCGUCCUCGUCGGCAGCCUCGGGAAGACUCCCGACGAGGAGAAGGUGAUGGACGUCGCGGUCACGAACUGCAGCUUCCACGGGACCGCCGGAGGCGUGAGGAUCGAGGCGGUGCCGGGGACGAUCAACACCGCGAUGGAUAUCACGUUCGAGGAUUUGGUCAUGGACAAAGUUGAGAAUCCCAUCAGCGUUGAUCAGAAGUUUUGCCCUGUUCAGUCCUGUGAAAAGGUGGAACCGAAGGUGACAAUAAAGGAUGUGAGCUUCAAGAACAUCAAGGGGACUUGUGCAUCGCCAUUGGCCAUAGACAUUUCGUGCAGCAGUGCUUCCUUCUGUAAGAAUUUGGAGCUUGCUGAUAUUGAUCUUAAGCCUGUUGGUACUGCCGCUGGGCCAACAGCGAAAACCUUGAAAUCUCAAUGCACCAAUGUUAAGGUCAUAAAGUCUGGAUUAGUUAGCCCAGAUGGGUGUUAAUUGUGGCCAAAAUUAAUUAAGACAAUGAAUUAACCUUGUAAUAGUACUUAUUUGUGGCUUGAUAUUUGUAGUUCUUUUACUCUUUUUUGGCACAAAACAACAAUGUGUGUAGCUAGUAAAUUGUUUGAUAACUCUAUGAAUUUACACAACAUAACAUAUUGAUUAAAUAGUAGGG